UUGUUCAUUGAUAGAAGCACUAUCUGAUGUUUACUUCCGGUUUUUGUAAUCAGUCGCACGAAAAACGAUGUGAAGACGAUUUUACUCAUAUUCUGUAAGCCUAUUGUUGACACAAGAUAAACAAGGAUUCAGUUGGACCAGAUAUCCUCGAAGAGUACUUACCACAUUAGUGUGACCAUGUCGUUCCAAGUUAAUGCCCCACCAUCGGUGGUAACGAAACUGGUCAAGUCCGAGAUGUCGGUAGAGGGGGAGCCAAAGAAACAAUCACGAGAGGAUUGGAAGAAGAUGAAGGAACUGGAGGAGAUGAGGAAGGCUGGAACAGCUCCUGCCAUGCAGGAUGAAGAGGGAAAAGACAUCAACCCGCACAUUCCACAGUACAUCAUGCAGGCUCCCUGGUACUUUGGUGCCAAUGCUCCCACUCUCAGACAUCAACGACAACAGGGAGAGGUGACAAAUGAGUCCUCUAUGAAGGAGGAAUGGCAAAAGAGAGGAUUGAAAGAGGGUUCUGUUGCAACAAAGUUUAGAAAAGGUGCCUGCGAGAACUGCGGGGCCAUGACACACAAGAAGAAGGACUGUCUGGAGAGACCACGCAAAGUUGGUGCCAAGUUUACAGGAGAGAAAAUCGCUCCUGAUGAGUACAUACAGGUCUGUCUGUCUCAUGACUACGAUGGCAAACGUGAUCGCUGGAAUGGAACUGACCUUAUGGAACAUCAGCACAAACUGAUCACAGAGUUUGACAAAAUUGAGGAGGCCAAACGUGUCCUGAAAGAGCAGAAGCUGGAUGAGUCCAUUAUGCAUGACAAAGAAGACGGAGGUGACAAUGAAGACAAGUAUGCAGAGGAAAUGGACAUGCCAGGUCAGAAGUUUGAAACCAAGCAGAGAAUCACAGUCCGCAACUUACGUAUCAGAGAGGACACUGCCAAGUAUUUGUACAACUUGGACCCCAAUUCAGCGUAUUAUGAUCCAAAGACCCGAUCCAUGAGAGAGAACCCAUAUAGGAUGAAUGCUGGGAGUGAUGGACAAGAUGCUCUAUAUGGAGGGGACAACUUUGUGAGGGGGACGGGAGAUGCGCACGAUAUGGCAAAACAGCAGAUGUUUGCGUGGGAGGCGUUUGAGCGCGGGACGGAUGUCCAUCUGCAGGCCGAUCCCACAAAGCUGGAGCUGCUGCACAAGGAAUACUCUACUCGCAAGGAGGACUACAAGCAGUCAGCCAAGGACAGCAUCAUCGACAAGUACGGGGGACAGGAGCAUCUGGAGGCACCACCUAAACAACUCCUGCUGGCCCAGACGGAGGACUAUGUGGAAUACUCUCGACACGGAACAGUUAUCAAGGGCAUGGAGCGGGCCAAGGUCAAGUCGAGAUACGAGGAAGAUAUCUACAUAAAUAAUCACACAAGUGUGUGGGGGUCGUACUGGCGAGACGGCCAAUGGGGCUUCCGGUGCUGUCACGCUGUCAUCAAGGAGUCUUAUUGUACAGGGGAGGCAGGCAAAGAGUUAGAUCAGAUGGGUGGUUUGAUAGCGAUAGAGAAUGGGCAAAUGGAGGAACCACCAAAGUCACUUGUUGAGGAACACCAAGAGAAAAUGUCUGAAAAGAAAAAGAAGAAGAAGAAGAAAGAAAAAAAGAAGAAAAAGAAGAAGCACAAAAAGCACCACAGUUCAAGUGGCAGCAGCUCUGACUCAGAGGAUGAGGAAGACAAGUUGAAGAAGGCAUUACAACGUGAGAUGGAGCACCAGCGCAGUGCGGAUCGGCUGCUGGCCAUGGAUGAGCGGAAGCGGCCCUACAACAGCAUGUAUGAUGCAAAGGCUCCCACAGAGGAUGAGCUGGAGGCGUGGAAGAUGAAGAGGCAGCGAGAGGAGGACCCCAUGGCAGCAUUCUUGUGAUUGCUAAUGCACUUGUUGUAGCUUAAAGGAAUCUGUUGUAGAAGGACUUAGCAGGUGUCAGUAUUUCUGAUCUGAUCAGCUUCAUGGGGACCUUGUCAUGAAUGUAAAGGAAUCCCUGACAAUGGGGUGUGUGAACAGUGUUGGAGCUGUUGCAGGAGGACUUGGCAGGUGUCAGUAUUUCUGAUCUGAUCAGCUUCAUGGGGACCUUGUCAUGAAUGUAAAGGAAUCCCUGACAAUGGGGUGUGUGAACAGUGUUGGAGCUGUUGCAGGAGAUGUCAUGCAGAUGUUGGAUAAGGGGUAGAUGGGAAUCGGUUUUAUUUUGAUAAAUUCUUACUUUGGUGAUGCUAAUGCACAAUUAUUAGUGACUAAACCAUGUUUAUGUCAUCCAUUAAUUUACUUUGUUAGGAUGUAUUUCAGAUUGUUGGUACUGAAUUUUGAAAACUGCAUACACUGUGUGUAAACUUCAGAUGGCUUCAUGAUUUGUCAGUGGUGUUACCAACAUUACUUAAUAAAGCAUCUGACAUUU